AUAAAAUAAUCAAAUUGAGAAAUUAGAUUUAUUUCGUUCUUAUGGUCAUAAUGAUCAAUGUCUAAGGUCUAAAUUCUUUCCCAGUUUAUUACAUACUGCCUUAGAUGUAUGCCCUGUUUUAGUAAGGACAAACAAAAAUUUGCAAGGUAAUCCGAUUAUAGAUGUUGAAGCAAUCAUGCAGUUGGGGUUGAACCAACGAAGGUGGUGUUGAAAGUUUAUUGCUGUUCAAGGUGGUUGCUAUGGUUGUUGAUUUUAGGAGUAGUGGUGGGUUUGAGUUUUAAUAGUGACGGUGGUUGUGAUGGAGCCUACAGGUGAUGGUGGUGUUCUAUGAGAUGGUGCCUUGCUGGGGUGGUGAUUAACAUUGGAGUUUACCUAUGGUUUUUAGGAGUGGUGAUAAUGGUGUUUGGUGUGACGAUGGCAGCUCCGGUAAGAUGGUAUUGAUGAAGUUUACAGGUCUUCUGUAUCUAGUGUGAUACAAGCAUAGGAUACAUGUUGUAGGUGGUUGAGAAUAUUAAUUUUCCUAAGGUACAACAUGCAAUUUACAUGUGGUAGCUAGAUAGGGCAUAGUCUUCAUUUCCAAAAGUACAACCUGCAAUUUAAUAUGGUAGAUGCUAACUAUUACUACAAAAUCGUAGAGACGGUUCUACUUAGAACCAUAUCUAGGUCACCCAGAAAAUCACCCGUUACGAGAGGCCGUGACCAGGAUGAUUCGUCAGGAUGCCUUGAAGAUCUACAGGGAUAAAAAAGCAAAAUUCAAGAAGACUUGGUUCACUGACAGGGGUGGGUCACAGAGGCUGGCAGAACUGGAGGGUCAACCUCCGUAUGGGAUGCCUCCACAGGUGUGGAGUUAUCUACUGGGUUACUGGACCAACGAGCCCCGGAUGAUUGCUGCCCAAAGAAACACGACAAACAGGCAGCAACAAAAUAAUUUUGUCAGUACUCACGGUCGACAGUCAUACGCUCAGCGUGAAUGGCGUUACGAUGAAGAUAAUGAUGGGCGACGUGAGGAGCCGCCUGAGUUUUAUUUGCGGGCCCACACGAGACGAAAUGGGAUGGUGCAGGACGCAGUUAGGCCCAUUUAUGAGCGGCUUCUUGAUACCCACCAAAGACUUUCCCAAGUGCCCAAUACCCCGCCUACGCAGACAUAUGUGGACGCUUUAGGGACCCGAUCGAGACAUACUCGUGUGGUUGGGCGUGUGGUUAGGGGAACACGUGGACUGAAUGUCCCCCUCCCAGAGGAUAUAGAGCAACCCUUCCCAACCCAGCAGUCACCGUCCUUUAACGUCAGUGAUAUGUUCGCCCAGGGUAGCCCUUAGAGCCAGCCAUCAUUCGAGGCCGGGCCUAGCCCGUCAUCAUCCCAUGUUGGGCCUAGCUCGUCACGGGCCCCCACAUAGCGGUUGGGUAGUGAUAGUGAUAGUGAUAGUGAUAGUGAAAGUGAUUAGUUUUCCAUUUUUUUAUUGUUUGUAUUCAUCGUUUAACUGAAGUGUGAUUUCCUUUUGUAAUCUUGAUUUGCGUGAUAUAAUCAUUUGUAUUUUUUAUGUUUUUA